GUUGCAAAAAUAAAUAGCCUUUUAUCGUAUUGUAUUUUAAUUCAUAACUGCAGUGUAUCGGCAACAAUAGUCUUUCUACAGCGUAACCUCAGAACGUAGAUGAAACUUUAACUUACAACGCGUUCACAGAACCACGCAAAACCGCAAAACGACCUCCCGCCAAGUGACGUACUAGACUGGGGUCCGCACUCGACAGUUCCACACGCGUUGCGUGUAACGCGAGUGGAACCUCUGGUGGAACUGUCGAUGCGCAGACCAGUCUAGUCACGUACCGGAUGUGACACAUAGCGCGCACUGCCAUCUAUCGGUUGCUUCGUUCGUAAAUUUGAUCUUGAUUCAUGACAAAAGUUAAUCGCAGCUUAGCAACUAGCCUAGUGACACAAUUGUACUUCAUUUCAGCAUAGAUUUCAGGUAACCCAACCAGGCUGUGUGAGAAAAUGUCUCCCAUCACAUGUUACUACUAAUUUGAUAGGUCCCUGUGCAUCUUGUGUGAUGGGAGCCAGUAUAUCAGCUAAUGCGAACACAACUGCUGGUGAAUUGACAUCAUCGAAACAAUGCAGACAGACAUCUGAUCCCAGUGAUCCAGAGCUCAAUACACUCCCCCGUGCCUCUGCUUUUGCAUCAGAAUGUCCAAUGUCCACGGCGGAGAGAACAACAUAUGCCAGUGAAUGUCCAAUGAAACAGGCUGAGGAGGGAUGCGACAUUGAUCCGUCUAACAUGAUGCCGCCACCAAACCAGCGACCAGCACCUGACCAGCCGUUCAUGUUGGAUUUGGGUCGGCAGGUGUCCAGCAUCCCGCGCUCGGGUGCAGACGGUUACUGGACCUAUCCCUCCCAGCAGAUGUUCUGGAAUGCUAUGCUCAGAAAAGGAUGGCGGUGGAAAGAGGAAGACCUUUCUUCAACGGACAUGGCACACAUCAUCCGCAUACAUAAUGUAAACAACGAGAUCGCUUGGCAGGAGGUGUUGAAAUGGGAGGCGCUACACGCGCGUGAAUGUUCGAAUCCAAAGCUCCUGAAGUUUGGAGGAAAGGCAAAAGAUUAUUCUCCAAGAGCCAGAAUGCGACAUUGGCUUGGGUACGAGCUUCCGUUCGACCGGCACGACUGGAUCGUGGACCGCUGCGGCACGCGGGUGCGUUACAUCAUAGACUACUAUGAUGGAGGCGAGGUGGAUUCGGCGACUGGUCAGUUCUGCCUGCUGGAUGUCAGGCCGGCGAUGGACUCGUGGCAGAACAUCUGGGAUCGGAUGACGGUGGCGUGGGCGAGGUGGACAGUAAGCGAGCAGCAAGAGUCUACUCCCAUUCCGAAGCCAAUCACAGAAGAAAGCACUAAGUCAUAGACAGAAGUUGGUUAAGCGAUCAUUCGCGUUCGCCCCCCCCCCGUGGAAUACUUUUGUAUAAUGUCAGGCUCUGAGAUUGAUACCCGACCACCUCUCGUUAAUAUUUAUGAAAUACUGUUAUACACCAAAGGUAGUCAAAGCACAAAUAUGCCAAGAUGCAGUGUAUUGCCGAACAUUUAUCGGUGGUGUUCGUUUCACGUUGGUGGUUGUAGUAAAGGACGAUUUUUAUAUUAAAUACUUGUAUGACUGGCAGUAAAUAUUGAUCAGUGUCAGACCAUUUGAUUGUUAAUAUUAAAUAUAGAUGAUAUAAGCAAAAUUUGUCAUUGUUAGAACUGAUGAAUUUUUCAUAUUAGUUGUUAUAGCAGUGACAUGUGUUUUUUUACUGCUUUCUUGCAUUCUUUUGCUCAAUACACUACUGUCUCCCUACUUUUUCUUAUCACUAGUUUCUACCUCUAUUAAAAGUUUCUACAUCUCAACCUUCAUUUGAUUUGACAUUAAUGUCAUAGUGCACUAGCUUAUAUAUUCAUUAGAGCUGGUACAAUUAAGUAUCUAGAUGAUCUAAAUUUCAUUUUGUGGAUCUUAUAUAAUAAUUGUAGGCUAUAAUAAUUUGAUCUGAUUAACUUCUUCUGGUACUGCGAAUACUCCAUUAGUAACGAAUGACGAAAUAUAUCCCUUUUUACAUGUCAUACAAUAAAAAAUAAUACCCCAUAUAUGAUA